AUGUCCGCAGAAGCAUUCGCGGCGCUGCGGAAAACGCAGGGCGAGGAACUAGCAAAGCUCGCAGAGGAGCACUUCAAGCAUGACCUCCGAGAAGAAGACCGCGACCUCGUCAAGAGCGCGGCAACCAAAGCCUCGACACACGCCCUUAUCGGCUCCCUGGCUGGCCUGGCACUGGGCGGGUACUUUGCCUUCCGGAUACGAGCGAACCGCAACGCCAUGUACCAAGCCUUCCGUGCGGCCGAGAAGCCCACGCACAUCCGCUUCGCGAGUGGUCGAGAAGAAGCCAUCCCGGAUAUCACACCGCUGCUGAAGCCGACAGGCCUGGGCGAUGUCAUGACAUACACGUUCUUUAGCAUUGCUGGGGUGUUUCUGGGAGGUGAGACGGGCCUACUGACCGGGACGUGGUCGGCCAGGAGGACAAUCACGUCGGAUCCCGACCGAAGAGAGCGGAUUGAAAAGGCGUUCAGGUCGUUUCGGGCGGAUGUGUUGAGGAAGCAGCUUGAGGAGCUGGAGUCGGGGAGGAAGGAAAGUAUCUGGUCGUAG